UGAAUGUUGCAGUGAGAAAGCUUGAAUUAGCAUUGGAGUAGCCAUGAAGUCUGCAGAGUCAAUCAGUGAGGAUAUCUGCAGAGAGGCAGCCUGGCCUCUGUUGCCUGGAGGCACCCUCUGUUUGGGAGGUGUUAAGUGGCACCUGAUUGCUUGCUAUCUGGAGUUCUCCUGUUUCUGAGUGCUGGACACAGAAUCUUAUUUGAAAACGCAGAAAUGCUGGGCCAUUCACACCUGCUUCAAGCAGACAAGGGUUCUUUCUCCCACCCUGGACAUUAUUCCACAGGGACAGAGACACUCCACUUGCUUCAUUGUCCAACUGAACCUCUGAAGACCCUGAUGUUUGCAUUUCUGGGUGUUUCCAUUUUCAACAUGACCCAUGAAGGGAAAGGGGGAAAUCGUGGAGGUAAAGGAAGUUUCUCACCUUCAUCCUUGAUCUUUUGCUUCUUUCUUAACCAGAGAAAUGAGGAUUCUAUGGAGCCACCCCUUGGAUGCAGCAAUGAAAUCAGUUAUAUAGGAAGAAGAACUUCUCUCUAGGUGAGGGUCUUGCCGAAAUCUUGACCUCACGUACAGACAAGGAAGGAAAAAAGAAGACUGAAGCAUCUGUAUUGCAAUCAAACACCCAUAUCAUGGCUGACAUGGAGGAGAAAGCAUUGAUAUGCCUGGAAUGUGGGAGGAGUUUCACUUGGAGGGCUCAUCUGAAGCGACAUCAAAGGAUUCACACGGGGGAGAAACCCUAUAAAUGCCUGGAGUGUGGAAAGAGCUUCUCUGAGAGUUCAGAUCUACAUAUACAUCAAACGAUGCACACCGGGGAAAAGCCCUAUACAUGCCUGGUGUGUGGGCAGAGCUUCACUCAGAGUUCAGCUCUACAUAAACAUCGAAGGAUUCACACUGGGGAGAAACCCUAUAAAUGCCUGGAGUGUGGGAAGAGCUUCACCCAGAGUUCAAAUCUACAUUCACAUCAAAGGAGUCACACUGGGGAGAAACCCUAUACGUGCCUGGAGUGUGGGAAGAGCUUCAGUGAGAGUGCAGCGCUAUGUUCACAUCAAAGGACUCACACUGGAGAGAAACCCUAUACAUGCCUGGAGUGUGGAAAGAGCUUCACUACGAGUGGAAAUCUACGUUCACAUCAAAGGACUCACACUGGGGAAAAACCCUACAAAUGCCUGGAGUGUGAGAAGAGCUUCUCUAGGUCUUCUGAUCUAGAAAAACAUAGAAGGAUUCACACUGGGGAGAAACCCUAUACAUGCCUGGAGUGUGGGAAGAGCUUCAGUGACAGUUCAAAUCUACGUUCACAUCAAAGGACUCACAUUGGGGAGAAACCCUAUACAUGCCUGGAGUGAGGAAAGAGCUGCACUGAGAGUUCAGGAUUCACACUGAGGGAAAAUCCUAUAAAUGCCAUGAGUGAUGACAGAGCUUUACCCAUUGUUCAAAUUUACGUUCACAUCAAAGAAC